AUGACUAACUAUUUUUGUGACACUAGGAAAUUGGUCCAAUUUCCUGGGGAAAGAGAGCUCGGCAUUUUUAAACUAUUAUCCAAGUACAUAAAGGAUCCUUCAGCUGCAAGGAAAUUUAUUGACAUUUUGCUCCCGCUUGUAGCCAAGAAGCCUCAUCACUCCGAUGCAUGUGUGGAAGCUUUGGUGGUCAUUCGACAUAUAAUACCUAUAUUAAGGAGUGAAAGUACUGUAAAAAUUCUGAACACAGUUUCUCCGCUUCUUAUUUCUUCUGGACUGGAUGUUCGGAUGUCUAUUUGUGGGGUUCUUGAUGCACUUGCUGGAAAUGAUUCUUCUGUGCUCCCUGUGGCAAAACUUCUUCAUGAACUGAAUGCAACAUCUUCCAUGGAGAUGGGUGGCCUUGACUAUGACACCAUAAUUGGUGCCUAUGAAAAGAUCAACACAAGCUUUUUCUACACCGUCCAAGAGGAGCAUGCUUUAGUCCUUUUGUCACAUUCUGUAUAUGACAUGUCUUCUGAAGAGUUGAUUUUGAGGCAGAGUGCCUUUAGAUUAUUGCUUUCAUUUGUUGAAUUUUCUGGGGAAAUCCUUGAUUUAGAUGUCAACUCCAAGCAAGAGUAUUGGUCGGGAGCAUGCAUUCAGCGCAUGAUAAACAAAUUCCUUCUGAGACAUAUGGGGGAUGCAAUGACCAAACAAGCUUCUGUUCAGAAGUUAUGGAUUGAUUUACUGCGAGAAAUGGUGCUGAAGCUGCCGAAAGAGCCAAAUCUUAAGUCGUGUAGGGCCCUAUGCAGUGGCGAUGCAGAGCAGGAUUUCUUCAACAACAUUAUUCAUUUACAAAAGCACAGAAGAGCAAAGGCAUUGACUCGCUGUAAAAAUAUUAUCAGUUCUGGCACUUUGUCUGAGGUUAUAACGAAUAAAGUGUUCAUUCCACUCCUUUUCAAUAUGUUAUUUGAUGUAAAAGAUGGAAAGGGAGAACAUGUCAGAAGCACGUGUGUGGAGGCUCUAGCAUCGAUUGCUGGUUGCAUGGAAUGGAACUCGUACUAUGCAUUUCUCGUUAGAUGCUUUCGAGACAUGACCUUGAAACCAGAAAAGCAAAAGGUUUUGUUGAGGUUAAUCUUCUCUAUCCUAGACCACUUUCAUUUCUCAGAAACUCACUCCAGCCAUGAAACCAAGAAUUCUGGUGGGGAUUCAAUUCCUGGGAUCAUUCAAGUGAGUUCUGCAACAGUGCCAAACAAAUGUACUGGUUCUGCGGUACUUUCAGACAUACAGACAUGCCUUCACAAAAAUAUUCUCCCUAAAGUGCAAAAAUUGUUGGCAGCGGAUUCUGAUAAGGUCAAUGUCAACAUCAGUCUUGUUGCACUAAAGCUAAUGAAAUUGCUUCCUGGUGAUAUCAUGGAAACACAGCUUCCAAAUAUCAUUCAUCGCAUUUCAAACUUCUUAAAGAGUCGUUUGGAAAGCAUUCGGGAUGAAGCUAGGUCUGCUUUGGCUGCUUGUUUGAAGGAGUUGGGCCUUGAGUACUUGCAGUUUAUAGUCAAAGUUUUGAAAACCACUCUGAAAAGAGGCUAUGAAUUGCAUGUGCUCGGAUACACACUCAAUUUCAUAUUAUCGAAAUGUCCUCCAAAUCUUAUUAGUGGGAAGUUGGAUUAUUGUUUAGAUGAGCUUCUUUCUGUGGUAGAAAAUGAUAUUCUUGGAGAUGUUUCGGAGGAAAAAGAGGUGGAUAAGAUAGCUUCUAAGAUGAAAGAGACUAAAAAGAACAAGUCGUUUGAAACCCUCAAAUUGAUUGCCCAAAACGUCUCAUUCAAAGCACAUGCCUUGAAGCUACUUUCACCUGUUACAGUUCACCUGCAGAAGCAGUUGACCCCAAAAGUGAAGACAAAAUUGGAAACUAUGUUAGAUCACAUAGCUGCAGGUAUUGAAUGCAAUCCAUCAGUAGAUCAGUCUGAUCUCUUUAUCUUCACAUAUGGUCUCAUUGAAGAUGGCAUCGUUGAUGAGAAGCAUAAACAGGAAAAUUCAUCUAUUACAAAGGCACAACAUAAAGAUGAAGUGAACAGUAAAAUUACCAACACGGGCAGGCUAACUACUGCUGACCCACGAGGUUCACAUCAUAUUACGGUAUUUGCCCUUGGGCUACUGCACAAUCGCAUGAAGCACAUGAAACUCUACAAAAAUGACGAACCAACAUUACCAAUGUUGGAUCCAUUCAUCAAAUUGCUGUGUGACUGCUUGAGCUCAAAGUACGAAGAUGUCAUAGCUGGAGCACUUAGAUGCCUUUCUCCGCUGGUGAGGUUGCCUCUUCCAUCCCUCGAGUCCCAAGCCGACAAGAUAAAGACUUCACUGUUGGUUAUUGCUCAUGGUUCAGUAAAUACUAGCAGUCCUCUGGUGGAGUCGUGUUUGAAGUUGUUAACAGGGCUUCUACGGAGCACUAGAAUCACACUUUCCACUGAUCAAUUGAAUAUGUUGAUUCAGUUUCCAUUAUUUGUAGAUCUUGAAAGAAAUCCUUCAUUUAUUGCCCUUUCACUUCUGAAGGCAAUAGUGAACCGGAAGCUGGUGGUUCAUGAGAUAUAUGACGUUGUCAACCGGGUUGCGGAAUUGAUGGUAACAAGUCAAGUGGAACCAAUUCGCAAGAAAUGCAGUCAAAUUUUAUUGCAAUUCUUACUUGACUACCGUCUCUCACAAAAGCGCUUCCAACAACAUCUUGAUUUCUUGUUGGCAAAUUUGAGGUAUGAGCAUUCGACUGGAAGAGAAGCCGUGCUUGAAAUGCUCCAUGCUAUUAUAUUCAAGUUUCCGAAGAUUGUUGUAGAUGAGCAGUGUCAGACGAUAUUUAUCCAUUUGGUAGUUUGUUUGACUAAUGACCAUGACAACAAAGUCCGUUCUAUGACUGGUGCUGCUAUAAAACUUCUGAUUGGGCGUGUGAGCCCGCAUUCACUUCAUUCAAUUCUUGAGUAUAGUCUGUCGUGGUAUUUGGGUGGGAAGCAGCAUUUGUGGAGUGCUGCAGCACAGGUCUUGGGGUUACUUGUCGAAGUCAUGAAAAAAGGCUUUCAAAGACAUAUUAGUAGUGUAUUACCUGUGAUGAGAAGCAUUUUAGAGUCGUCUGUCAAUGUUCUUACAGAUAGGCAGCUAGAUCUUUCUGAUGAAGCAAUGGUUCCCUCUUGGAGGGAGGCAUAUUAUUCGCUUGUUAUGCUGGAGAAGAUGCUGCAGCAGUUCCAUGAUUUGUGCUUGGAAAGGGAUCUUGAGGAUAUAUGGGAAACAAUCUGUGAGCUCCUUUUGCAUCCACACAUGUGGCUGCGCAAUGUAUCGAAUCGCCUUGUGGCCUUAUACUUCGCCACAGUAACUGAGGCUUGCAGAGAAAAUCACGNAUUUGCAGGAUAUAUGGGAAACAAUCUGUGA